CGGAAGCGGCUCUCGCGGAGUGAGGGCCCGGCCGGCGCCUGGAAGUGUCGGUCUUUCCGCUUUAAACCCGAGCGUGUGAGUUCGCGGCCUUUCGCGCCUGCGGUCUGGGGGUCGCCGCGGACGUGAACACCCCGCACCCGCGCUUUCGUUUCCGGAGAACCCCUGAGGCCGUUGGCGCCUGGGGCUCGUCCUCUGGGCAGGCCGCCUCCUGCCCCCCGCGCCGGGCCGGCCGGGCGGGUGGCCCUGGGGCUCGCAGGCCCCGCCGCCCUCCUGCUGCCCCGCGCCCGCAGCCGCCCGAGUCCUGCUCGGCGCCCCCCAAAGCCCCUGCGACCUCACCUCCUGCUCGUCUCCUCCCCUCGGCUGGGGCGGAGCCCCAGCGUCUGCCCUUCCCGGGGCCGCGGCCGCACCGCCUCGGGGCUUCCCCACGGGCCCCUGUGCCUGGAGCUCCGCUGACCUUCCUCCCCCAGCCCCCGUUCCGGUACCUUCUCCACGCGAUCACCUCCCUCUCCAGCCACGCCCUGCCCCCGCCGGGCCCGCAGCGCCUACUCUGCGUGUUUCCGCCCCUUCUCCUCCGCUGUCCGGAGACGGGACGGGGCCCCAGCAGAGGGCAGAGCCCGCAGGUGGAAGUGUGCCGGGCUUGCCUCUGGGGGCGCUCAGCCGGGACUUGACUGGAUGGCUGAGGCGCUUCUGCAGACACCCCUGUGCCCAGUCCCCAGGCUUCCCCCCAGGGUCCGGGGAGACGGGCGAGCCUCAUGACGCUUCAAGUGUCUAGGCGACUCCGCUGUCUGUCCCCCAGGCUCUCGGUCCUCCAUCUGAGGACGGGAGGCGGCCCCUAAUCGGGAGAGAAGGCGGCUGCCCUCCGCAGGGGGUGACCAGGGCCGGGUCUGUGGCUUCGAGGGUCGGUCCGGCGCAGUUCCCCACCGCUGUGGCCGGUGCGAGGGCGCCGAGGAGGGGAGCAGGUUCUGCAGCCAAGCCUCGGCCGGCGGCGCCCGUGUCCGAGCCUGAGCAGCGGGCAGCGGGCGGCCCUUUUCCCCACAUGGUGAGGUCCUCCCUGCGCGCGGUUGCGGAACAGGAGGACUGUGUUGGUCAGAAGCAUUGACCAGCGCAUCUUUGACACUCAAGACUGGCCUGUCAAGACUCAGCUGGCCUGAGAAGGCGGCCCAGAGGAGGCGAGGAAGGACAGGAGUCAGGAAUGGCUCUCUCCCAGGGGCUGCUGACCUUCAGGGACGUGGCCAUCGAAUUCUCCGAGGAGGAGUGGGAAUGCCUGGCGCCCGCCCAGCGGGCCUUGUACCGGGACGUGAUGCAGGAGACCUACAGCAACCUGGUCUUCCUGGGUGAGGAUGGGCUUCGUUCCAGAAGCUGGGGGCUGCCCCUGGGCGUCUGCGUUGUCUUGUGUCUUGGGGGCCCGCUCGCUCGCCCGGGGUGAAGCCGGGUCAAUUUAGGAAUGAAAGCCUCACAAUGCAGGAUCCGGACUCAGAACUUCCCCCGUCAGGGGCUGGGCUGGUGGUUCUAGAAGCCGAGGCGGCAGGAAGCCCUGUCGGAAAACGGUCCGACGUCUGACUGCCCGGUUCCGCCCCUCCUUUGGGGUCACGGUUCUGGGAAAAGAGCCGACUCUGUGCACUCAGAGUGUUCGUGGGAGGAGACACUCUGGAAAGCUAGCGCAGUCGCUUUACGCCCGUCCGCCAUGUCCCUGCGUCCCGGGGAGCAGAGGGCUGGGACUCCGUCACAGGAAGGCCGCCCGCCUCUGCCUCUUCCCGCACAGGCAGGAGGCCCCUUCCGAGCGCACGUAGCUCCACUUUAGAGCAAGGGGAGGCCCAGACUGUGAAGAGGGAGGUGAAAAUGGUGGACAAACCCCGGUGGGUGGGAAUGGAUCAAAGGUGUGGACGCGAGGGCCCAGGUGGCAGAGAGGAAGGGGCCUCAUCAGCACUCCUUGGGGGAUUCUUCCCCAAAGUGAGAGGUCUGUUAGAAACUGCAAGUUUAUUUCCUGUGAGCUGCCAGAGGAACCACUUCUUCCCCGGGUACCGGCACUGUCUUCAUGCGUGAAGUGCCCGCCCUCCCCGCAGGGGCCCUCCGUCCAGCCCGGGCGAGGACAGAGGCGGGUCUCCACCCCGACCCGCAGCAUCCCCCUGCCGCCCUGCUGCCCUCCUCCGGGUCGGCCCGGGGGGCACAGGAAGGGCCUCCACAAGGGGACCUCUUCCUUCCUUGGCCUCUCAGUCUGGGCUCAGUUCUAAGUCCACAUUUCCAUGUAUUACACGUGAAUUUGUCAUCUCUUUAUUUCAUCAUUCAUCACAUGUACUCGAUGACAUUCAUAGUAUUAUUUGUUUUGUGUCUGUAAUUUGUGGGACUGUUAGAUCAAGGAAUGAAUGUAUUUUACAAAAUUCCCUUCUUGAGUGUUGAGGGUUACGGCUCAGCAGUAGUUUCCCCCAAACACACAUAUCUCUAGUUUACUAAAAUAUCAAAGUUAUUUCUUUUACAUCUGUUUUGCUCAACUUAAUACCUACUAUUAACAAAUACUUUGUUUGAAUCAACUUGGAAUUUUAAAAUGGCAAAUACUGGCUAUUUGAGAAUAUACUUUGUCGUUAAGGUACUAUCUUCAUCCCAGAAAUGCGCGAUUACAUUGAUUGGUGGUGAUGUGUUACAGGAAAAACCAAGUUUUCCUUUGGUAUCUUUGAAGUUUUCUAAACAUACCGUUGGGUUUUGUGUGAAUAUUAUGGACUUUUUGUAUUUUGGCCCAACUGCUGUAAUGUAAUAAAUCAAAUCCCUGUCUAGACUCACCACCUAAACUUUGGGUAUUCUAAACUAAUAUUUAAAUAUCUGAUUUUAUUUUAUGGGAAACAUAGCCAAUUUCUCGGACUACAUGUACUCACUCAUCACCAUUACUUACAGUAGUUUUCCCCACAGCAUUUCUAACAUGCUGGAAACUGCUUUUAAGUUUUGGACAUUAACCCAUGAGGACUGUUUUGUUCCCAUCCUUCCACUUGACCUGAAUUCUGCGUGAAGGUCACCUUGUCCUUGUUGACCCAUAUCCCACCGCUCUCCUGUCGCUCUCUGGUCUGGUGUCACCGGCCGCUUAUGUCACUGGUCCCCUCUGCACAGCCCAUCUCCUCCAUGCAUCUCCUGAACUGUCAAAACCUGUUUUGGCGAUUCAUUGCCGCUGCUAGUAGUUCUGCCUCCGCUAGAAGUCAUUCCGCGCUCCCGGUCAUAUGGCCCGUAAAGGGACUACACAUCCUGAUGAUCUUUGUGAAGUCAGUCAUUCAUUUGGGGCUUGUGCACAUUAAAUUUUAUUUGUGAUAGUUCUGUUUACUAGUUCAUACAGUAGGAGUACAUCCAUCAGGUCUUUUUUAUGUGAGAGCCAGGGAUAGGCUGGCCUCCUCCCAUUAUCUGAAAUUCUAAGAGAAACUAUCAUUUUUUAUAAUAAUAAAGAGACUUGGCUUCAAACUUUCAACAUGUCAU